AUGCACUCCCGGUACCUUGUCUCUGGUCUUCCUAGGGUUCUCCCUCCCCUCCCACCCUUGCCUGCUCCUCCCUGUCUUCCCUGUGUCGAGGGGCGGCAGCGCGCCGCUCCUCACUCCUCCUCGUUUCCCCCGACGACCGCUCCCCUGCAGACCCUCCACAUGGACGUGUGGGGCCUAGCCCGCGUCCGUGGACAGGGUCACGAGAGGUACUUCUUGAUAGUUGUUGACGACUACUCGCGCUACACCACGGUCUUCCCCUUGCACACCAAGGGUGAAGUCCCUGAUGUUUUGAUCCGUUGGAUCCGCGCUGCCCGUCUCCAGCUCAGCGAGAGGUUCCACUCAGACCUUCCUGUUCUCCGUCUGCACUCGGACAGAGGUGGGGAGUUUUCCUCCGACCUCCUGAGGGCCUUGUGUCAAGGGGAGGGCAUUGAGCAGUCGUUCACGCUUCCGGCCUCUCCACAGCAGAAUGGGGUUGCUGAGUGCCGCAUUGGCUUGGUCAUGGAGGUCGCUCGUACCUCCUUGAUCCAUGCGGCUGCCCCCCACUUUCUGUGGCCGUUUGCGGUCCGAUACGCUGCGCAUCAGCUCAACCUCUGGCCCCGUGUCUCCGUUCCGGAGACUUCGCCGACACUGCGUUGGACGGGAGAGGUUGGCGAUGCGUCGGUGUUCCGGGCCUGGGGAUCUCGUGCUUUUUUCCGCGAUACGUCCGCGGACAAGCUCUCCUCCCGCGCUGUUCCUUGUGUCUUCCUUGGCUUUGUCCCUGACGAGCCUGGCUGGCAGUUUUACCACCCCACCUCGCGCCGUGUCUUGCCCUCUCAGGACGUCACUUUCGACGAGUCGGUCCCCUACUACCGCGUCUUCCCCUACCGCACUGCCCCGCUCCCCCCCCGCCUCUCUUCCUCGCACCAGGUAGACCCGGUUGAGCCUGUUGAGGUAGCUGUCGACUCUCGUCCUGCUAGGGGUGCUGAGCCUGAGAGUGCGGAGCCUGGGGGUGCGGAGCCUGGGUGCACUGAGCCUGAGCGUGCGGAGCCUGGGGGUGCUGAGCCUGGGGGUGCGGAGCCUGGGGGUACUGAGCCUGCGGUUGCUGAGUUUGGGGGUGCUAGACCUGAGAGUGCUACGUCUGAGGGUACUGAGCCUGGGGGUGCUGCGACUGAGCGUGCUGCGCCUGGAGGCGCUCCCUUUUCACAGCAGCUGCGUGAGUGGUAUUCGCGGUACUGCAGCAUCAGGAGGGGCGCUUCUGGAGCUAGGGGUGCUACUGGAGCUGGUGCUCGUGGUUCCCCACCUAGGUGGGAGCCGCCCUCUCCCCAGCGGCUCCGAGAGUGGUACGCUCGGCGCUGCAGUCUCCGGAGGGGCACUGCUGGUGCUUCGGACCCUGGAGUUGGAGCUGCUGCUGGUGCUUCGGACCCUGGAGUUGGAGCUGCUGCUGGUGCUGAGGACCCUGGAGUUGGAGCCGCUCCUGGCGCUGCGGACCCUGGAGCUGGUGCUGCUGGAGGUGCUGCUGGUGCUGGAGCUGCUGGAGGUACUGUUGUCUGA